UAACCAACUAAUCAAUCGCUAUAUUUUCAUCGGUUUCAUAAAGUUGUGAUAAAUAAGUUUAAAGCGUUGUAGGGCUAUGUGUAAAAUGUCGGAAUUCACGGAUAACAAGGGCUUCCAGGAAUCCUGUGAGUUUUCAUUAACUAAGGCGGUGGAGGAUGUCAGUCAGCACAGCCACACCCAGACUGAGACCCUGAGAGAGAAACAGAAAAUUCUGAAAACCUUGCAGGCGGCUCUGGCUGACAUUGAAAAGAAAACUGUACAUGCGGAGCAGCAGCUGAGGUCCAAGUUGAGAGAAAUCCGCCUGCUGGAGGGAGAGAUGGAGCAUCUGGAGAGGCAAAAAGUGCUGCUGCAGGACCGCUGUGCCAGCAUCAACAGGGAGAACGUAAAACAACACAUGCUCAUACAGGACAAGGAGGAGAAUGCCCGAUCCACUCUGGAAAAAAUCAGCAUGUACAGAAACAAGAUGAAAGGCCACAGAGAUGCCGUUCUGCAGGCUGUGAGCCAGAUAGAGGCCCACAGGGAGCUGGAGGAGAACAGGAUGCUGGUCUUGAAGCUGAGGCAGGAGAAGGAACAGCUCAAGGAGGAUCUGCAAAACCCAAAUGGGAUAACCCUGCAAACAGCUAAGGAGGAAACUGAUGCCCUGAAGAAAGAGAUCUCUGAGAGAAAUAUAGCCAUUGCUGGAGGAAGAGAACAACUGAAAAAAGAGUUUGAGAUUCAUGCAAAGUUAAAGAGAGAUAUCGAGAUCCAAAACAGGCGCUAUGAAGCCAUCGUCAAACGGCUGCGCUGCCAGCUCAGCAGAGCUCAGGCCGUACACAGGCAUACUUUGGAUGAAAUUUUCCACCUGCAGAAGGAGCUGACUGAGCUCAAGGGGCAUCAGCAUUCUUCACAGGAUUGAAGAUAUUUAAAGUGCAAUAUUAUGUCUGCUAAUCUUGGUUAUUUGUUCUGCUGGAGAAUACAUUUAGGGAUUUAAGAUACUUGCUACUAAUAGAACAGUUUGUUUUUGUUCCUUGUGUUGAGCAGGUGGGGGCAGCACCCUCCAGUAAAUCUCUAGCUAAGGCUUCUUAUGUGUUUGACUGUCAUAUUCUGUGUUUAUGCAAACCACCAAUGGCCUCAAUUUAAGCUUUGCCAAAUCCAAACGCUAAUCCACUGAGAAUUUAUUAAAUAAAGACACGUUUAUCUUG